AUUCAAACAAGCAGCUAAGUGGUCGGAGAGUUUGUUCGUGCUGAUGUUGCACCGUUUUUCUGGGGAAAAUAUAUGCAAUUAGAGACAUGAACGGGGGGAUCAAGAAAGCUAUGGUCGGGUAGAGAUUUCCUGACGUGUGUAACAACAGUGAACUUAAUAACUGGCUGGCUGGAAGAAGGGAGUGUCAGCGAGUCCACACCAACAUGGACAAGCUACUCAGGCGGAGCCACAGAAAGUCGAAGGCAAAGGCCGAAAAAGCAGGUAAAUUGCCGAAAGCAGAAAGCGAUGCAGAGAAGAAAGCGGAACCGCCGCAGACGACGCCGACGAAACACAAGAAAGAUAAGCGAAGGAGUAAGCAACAGGAAAAUGAAACAAAAAGACCGAAAAUCCAGCAUCUUGGACUAAUAAGUCAAAGUCGACCCCUUGAAGAACUGCCACAGCAACAACGACCGAAACACGAGGAACAACGUGAGCCGCAGGCAAAACCACAAGAACCGUUACAACAGGAAUAUAAACACGGGCUGGAACAGCAGCAGAGGCCACAAGUACUGCAACAGGAUAUGAACCAUUCACUGCAGUUAACGACGACGCCGGAUAAAAAAGGUUGGUACGGAAUGGUUGUCUCUUAUCAAAAGAGAAAUAAUGAGUAUCGGCAGAGGAAAACCAGUAUGGAUGAAACAGAAGUGCGUAGUUUACCUGGCGGGGAGUUUGCUCGUAACAGUCCAUACCGGGCUAGUCUACCUGUAGUGAGACCAGCUGUUAACAUGUCCAAGGCAAAACCCUUAG